AUGAAAGUUUCAUUAUUAAUUUUUUUAAUAAUUUUAGUUGGAGUAAUUAAAUCAUUUGAUAUUAAUUCAAUUGAUGAUUCACAUUGGGAAUCUGAUGAAGGAUUUGAACAUCAUAAAUGUUGGAAAAAUUUAACUGGUUAUUAUACAGAAUUUGCUUUGUCUGCUUAUAAUACUAUGUUCCCAACACCAUAUGGAGUUAUUCCAGUUUCAUUUUAUGAAGGUGGUGUUGUUACUGCUGAUAUUAAAGGUCAACAAAUGUAUGUCCACUAUGGUAUUGUUGCAAAAAAUUUCACAACAUGGGGACAAUACUAUGCCUAUGGUAAAAAUCAAACCCAAUAUGUUGUAAACAAUUCAAGCUGUGUUGCAAUGAAAUUACAAUUCCCAUUCCCAGAUAAACUUCCAAAAUUCAAAAAAGUAGGAACUACAAAAAUUGGUCAAACCGAUGUUGAUGUAUGGAUUGUCAAAGGUAAACAACAAUGCAAUGUAACCAGAUCUUGUAUUCUAAUUCAAAAAGAUACAUGUACCCUUAUGUCUGCCAAUUUCGGUAACAAAGAUAAAUCAAAUCUAGGUUUCUCACUUUUAAAUUAUUAUAGAUAUGAAAAUAAACCACAUUAUGAUAAAUUCCAAUUACCAUCACAAUGUUGGGAUGUUAAACCAAAAGAUGAAAAUGAAAAUAAAGAAGAACAAGGUUUAUUUGCAAAUGAAGAAGAACUAGAAAAUAAAGAAUAUUUUGGUGAUAACCAACAAGCUCCAUCAAUGAGAAUUACUAAAAAUAAUCCACAUCUAAAUAAUAAUAAUAAUAAUAAAAAAUAUCAUCAUAGAGAACAUGAAACACCAAAUCCAGACCUUAUCAAAACAACCACAAAAACAUCAACAAAAACAACAUCAUUUUCAAGAGCCACUAAUGAUUCACCAAAAUCAAUUGAUUUCCAUCACUUAUUUUAA